AAAGGCCGAAGCAAGUUCUCUUUACUCUGUGUUUUUCUUCAAUUCUCCAAUACGCGUUCUUGCCAGAUCUCUCCCCAUUUCAUCUCUAUUCUUUCCAUACCACAAAAAACCCUAAUUUUUCAAAAGGGGAGAUCGGUUGGCAAAUUCGGGUCUCAAUUGACCUUAUCCUUUGAAUUCUCCUCUGCGACGCAUUUGGGUAUCUCUGUUUCAAUAUCUCUUAAUCAAUCAUGUUUAAUCGGAUUUUUGGUAAACCUAAGCAGGAAGCCAAUGCUUUAACGACUUUGGACAAGUUAAAUGAGACACUUGAAAUGCUAGAGAAAAAGGAGAAAGUACUCCUUAAAAAGGCGGCAGCAGAAGUUGAAAAGGCCAAAGAAUUCACCAGGGCAAAGAAUAAAAGGGCGGCAAUACAAUGUUUGAAGAGGAAGAGACUAUAUGAACAGCAAAUAGAGCAGCUUGGAAAUUUUCAGCUGCGUAUUCAUGACCAGAUGAUAAUGUUGGAAGGUGCCAAAGCAACCACAGAAACAGUAGAUGCAUUGAGAACUGGAGCAGCUGCUAUGAAGGCUAUGCAAAAAGCAACGAAUAUUGAUGAUGUUGACAAGACCAUGGAUGAGAUCAAUGAGCAGACAGAGAACAUGAAACAGAUUCAGGAAGCAUUGUCAGCUCCAAUUGGUGCAGCUGCUGAUUUUGACGAGGAUGAAUUGGAGGCAGAACUUGAAGAGCUGGAGGGUGCUGAGUUGGAAGAACAACUUCUUCAGCCUGCAACUACAGCUCCAGCGGCCCCAGUCUAUGUACCAUCUGGGCGGCAACCCACUCGCCCUGUGACUUCGAAGCCCACUGCCGAGGAAGAUGAAUUGGCAGCUUUGCAGGCUGAGAUGGCACUUUGAGCAGGUCCCGUUUCUGAGCUGCGACAAUAUUGAUAUAUACUAUCUAUUCAUUAAUCUGUUUUAGAUUGAUUAGUAUGGCAAUUAAUGUGGCAGUGGAAUGUUUUGUGUUUUUACCAAUUUCAUGUUCAAUAUCAACCUUUGCACAGUUGAGUUCACUUGUAUAAUAGUCUGAAAUGAAUUGGCUAAAGUUUCAUGUCAGCAGAAAGUUUGGCAAUCUUAUUUUAUGCAGCUCUUAUUUUUUUGCUGCUAUUAGGCCAGAAUUUUGCAGGCAUUGAUUGCAUGACAAUGGCCUCUUCUAAAACCAGAGUGACACGGUGAAUUCUGUUCCCCCUCACGCUUGCAUAUCUAUGUAAAUUGAUUGAACAGACCAGAAUGUAUAUAAAGGUGAUCAACAUUUGACAGCCUUUCAAAACUUCUUUCGCCAGGGAUGUUUGUCACCCUUUUCGAUUUCACGUUUUUCAGAGUUUUGAAAACCCUUGUAUUUCGGUAGUUCUUGUUAAAUAUUGAUGCAUUUGGC